CCCCGUCACUGUGGAAACUUCUGCAUCUGAAUAGCAACAAGGACUCUCUGGUCUUGCCCUUCCCUGUGCUCGGCCAGUGGCAGCCAAACCACUCAAAAGAUGCGAAGGGGGCCGUGCUAAGGGCGAGAGAGAGGCCGCCACUGGGGUGCUUUCCCUGCCUUGUAGAGCUGAUGUGUUUGUCUGGACUCUGGUUCCUCUGGAGUUUCCUGCGCGCCUGGGUGCAGCCCCUGCCCCUUGGCCUGUCGCAAGAGAGGGUCCUCCUUGCCGCCCUCCCGAGAGAGAGAGCCACGGGCCAUGAAGAGCUUCUCUAAGCGCGAGGCGGACAGGAGGACGUUCCUGGAACAGGUUCGGGAAAGCAAGGAAAAUGGCUACCUCCUCUCUUCCAAGAAGAUAGGCUCGGGAGCCUUCUCCAAAGUCUACCUGGGUUAUGCCACCCAAGAGAAAAUGAUGCAGAACUACAAGCUGGCCUCAGACCUCAGGAGCAAGCGGCACUCCAUGGUGGGCACAAGAGCAGGGCUGGGAGGGAGGGAGGUGGGGAGUGCCAGCGGGUGGGGGCACCAGGAAAGAGUCUUGCCCAGCAGAAGACUCGCCACGGCUUGGCUGGCUCCCGUGCCCCCCAAGAAGCCUCUUUCAGGCUCUGUUGUGGAACUGCCCACUCUGCUUGCCACAGUUCCUACAGCAAGCAUUGGCCUGCUGGGUCCGGCCAAGCCCACCGUCCAGCCCACCACCCUCUUCUCACAGGGGCCAACCAAGGUGACCAUUAUGGGAAGCCCACAAGCCGUUUCUGAGCACAGCAGCAACACACGCCUGGCUUGUGCUCUCCAGCGACUGGCAUUCAGGGGCACAAUAACUUCCUCCUGCAGUGGACGUAGAACCUAGAUACCGUGGGAUGCUAGCUCCGGCCCAUCCAGAACAAAUUGGACUGCUGGGUCCGAAAGGGAUGCCCAGGAGCGGCACCAUGAGUGGGCUCUGGCAGGAUUCUGGGCACCCGCCUCUGCCCAAGGAUGCUAGCUGUGGUCGCUGACCCUGGGUCAAGUCCAUGCCCUUGGGCAGCCCACAAGCAAGCGAAUAAUUCAAAAGACACCUGGAAAUUGUCACAUUUCCCCAGCCUAUCUUCCUUCCUUCCUUUGCCCUGACUUGACCAACUUGUUGUGUGUGCAUCUCUCAUCAUGGGUUGCGUCUCUAUGCUUUGUGGCAACAUUCUCCCCUUUCCCCCAUACAAACACCUCCACACGCCAGACUGAAGGCAACUGUGCAAGGGUGGGCGUCUGGAUGGUUCGCUGCCUGCCUGCCUUCACCCCAAGACAGGGCAUCUUGGUGCAGUGAAUGCCAGGCCAGCCUGGGAGGAUCACUCACCCGUAGGGAGAUUUCCCCACAGGGAGAAUGGAGUGUUGUGAAUGGAGUCCAGCCAGGAAGAUCUGCUUCCUGGAUUAAGAAGUUUGGGACAAACCUGCUCCCUAGAGAUGGCCUUGUACAGCAGAUCCUCACCUGCCCACAGACACCGGUGGGCUUCCAUUGUGCUGGGCUGACGCAGGAAGUGGCUCCCACCAGGAAGUUGCCCUUGCAGGCAAAGGCAGAAUGGCUCAACUCACACACGCUUCCUUGAGCUCCACCUUCAAACUCUGCUUUCUCUUCUCCCAGGUUGCUAUAAAGAUCAUCUCAACGGCAGAAGCACCUGUAGAAUAUACCAAAAAGUUCCUCCCAAGAGAAAUCUACUCCCUCAAUGUUACCUACAAGCAUCUUAAUGUGGUGAGUCAGUGGGGGGCCUGCGCUGGGCCAUUUGCGCUUUGGACAGGAAGUUUCAUGAGUUCCACCUGCUGACCUCACACACACACGUCAUGUCAGGUGUGAAGGACAACCUGUAAUUCAGACACAGGCUUUGCAGACCCAGAGAAAAGAGAAGCUGGCCCUUCAAAGCCCAGCCCCAAGACAGAAAUCCUUUAUUUCCCAGGGACAUUUAUAGAACUGCAGCCUUAACUAGUGAGCGAACACCCUGUGGCUGACUUCUUAUGCAGUAGAAACUGGAAGGAUAUUCUCACAAAUUUGACCCCCAAAACUCAACACAAGGCUUUGGAUUUUGCUCCCCACCCGGAUGAUGCGCAGAGGACACUGGUUGGCGCAGAGCAGCCGUCACUCACGCCAGGCUCCCUUUGAGCAUCCCAGAGUCUGCGCAUGUGCAUUAGAGCGGCUGUCACCUGCAUGGCUGCUCUUUGCCACAAUCCAAGACCACAGGGGCUGACCCUUCCACGGUCCUUGCGUCCAGGCAGACGGCAGCCAUUUGUGUGUGUGUGUCAUUCAUGUGGCACAUCUUGCAUUGCAUGCCUUGCACUCAGGCAGUCAAGUGUGCCGCAGUUCCAAAGGAUAAUGGGAGUAUCCAAACAGUUCCACUAGCAUAGGCACUUUAAAAAAAUAAUAAUUUUGUAUUGGUUUUUUCACUAAUUUAUACAUUUUAGCUUAACCGUUUCAAAUAUUAAAAUACAAUGUUCUUUUGAACCUUCAAACCUCCCUCCCUCCCUGGGUUACAUGUUCAAGAUCAGCUUUGCUGCAUCUUUUACCCUUAUCCAUCUAUUAAAUUCCUGCCAACCUAGCAGUUUGAAAGCACGUCAAAGUGCAAGUAGAUAAAUAGGUACCGCUCCGGCGGGAUGGUAAACGGCGUUUCCGUGCGCUGCUCUGGUUCACCAGAAGCGGCUUAGUCCUGCUGGCCACAUGACCCGGAAGCUGUAUGCCAGCUCCCUUGGCCAAUAAAGCAAGAUGAGCGCUGCAACCCCAGAGUCAGUCACGACUGGACCUAAUGGUCAGGGGUCCCUUUACCUUUAUUUAUUAAGUAUCUAUAAUUUUCAUUAAAAAAUCACAUUACAAGUCUCAUUACAUCCCUACCAACAAUUUUAACUGUUUACAGUGAUCUUCUAAGUAAGUUUAAAAUGUACUCGUCUUUUAAAAAUACUUGAUCUUCCUGGUUUUGGAUCUUCCCCGUCAGUUUCACCAUCUCUGCAUAGUCCAUCAGUUUCAUCUGCCGUUCUUCUUUUGUUGGUACUUCUUUCUUCCUUCCUGGCAUAAGCACUUUUGUCUGUUCAGCAGAACUUUUGCUCCUCUCCUGACCUGACACAGGUCUGGGUUCUUUCCCCAAAGUUCUGGGGCACAGGCGGGCAGAGGAAAGGAAGGCGAAGCUCCUUUGCACAGGCAAAAGUCCUUGCGCUUGUGGAACUGCUUAGCUCAGUGGAUGCCAAACUCUUUUGGGUCCCCCAUCCUCUUGGGCAAUCCAUCUGGGUCCCCUUGUGACAAGGGCGGGCCGCUCCCCUGCAGAUCCAGCUCUACGAGAUGUACCGGAACAGUAAGCGCACCUACCUGGUCCUGGAACUGGCCUCCCGGGGAGACCUCCUGGAGCACAUCAACGCCACGUCGGACAGGAGGGAGCUUCCUGGGCUGGAGGAAGAGGAGGCACGAAGGCUUUUCCGGCAGAUUGUCAGUGCCGUGGCACACUGCCACAAUGUCGGCAUCGUCCACAGGUGACAGAAAUGGCUGGGGGGGGGGAAGGAGGGGAACAGCUGGGAGGUGGUGGCAGGGAAGAGUCGCUUGUGGGGCCUGGAAGACCUCCAGGGCCACGCCCAGAUUCCCUCUCGGGAAGAGGAAGGCAGCUCCCAGGGGUCCAGCCCCAGAGAAAAGAGCUGCCUUGUCUUUCUGGGCCCCGGUGGGAAUUUUUUUUAGGAUAAGAGUUUUUCUUAAAAUAUGCAUCACUUCCCACUAAAAAGCAACUCACAAUCCAAGGACAGCAAUAAAACCGCAUCACAACAUCCCAAAAGCUCUGCUGUAGCAGCAGCAGCUGAAUCAGACCAAAUGUGUGUGGGGGGGUGCAUCUUCCUGUUCCACACCUCCCCUUGUUCUGCUGUUAGACGCCCAGAGUGGCUGGGAUAAAUACCCAGAUGGGCAGGGUAUAAAUAAAUUAUUAUUAUUAUUAAUAUUAUUAUUAUCAUUAUUAUUCUGGCUGGUGACUGUGAGAUGCCCCAAAGGGAAGCCUGAAAGCAGGACCUGAGUGAACAGGCAUAAUAACAAUAGCAAUAACAAUAAUAACAAUAACAAUAACAAUAACAAUAAUAAUUUAUUAUUUAUACCCCGCCCAUCUGGCUCGGUUUCCCCAGCCACUCUGGGCGACUUCCAACACAAUAUUAAAAUGCAGUAAUGCAUCAAACAUUAAAAGCUUCCCUAAACAGGGCUGCCUUCAGAUGUCUUCUAAAUGUCAAAUAGUUGUUUAUUUCUUUGACAUCUGGUUGGGAGGACAUUCCACAGGGAGGGUGCCACCACCGAGAAGGCCCUCUGCCUGGUUCCCUGUAACGGCUUCUCACAGCAAGGGAACCGCCAGAAGGCCCUCGGAGCUGGACCUCCGUGUCCGGGCUGGACGAUGGGGGUGGAGACGCUCUGGGUGCUGCUCAAAUUCCCAGGAAAACAGAGUGUUUGGCCUGGCACCAGAGUUAUGGCAAGUUUAGUGCACCGGAAAGGUCUCCCUGGGGAGAGCAUCCACAGGCCCCAUUCCCAGUGGGGAACCCUCAAUUGGGGUAGGGGGAGAGACUGAAGAGAUAGGUGGGGCUAGGAGAGAAAAUGGGCAGGAGCAGUGACAAAAUUGGUCUGAGCCACGGGCAGGACUCCGGACUCCAGGGGACAUUCUGACCGUUUGAAAACCAGGUGUUUCUACACCAGUUCCCACGUCUUUCUAUCCGUUGUCCAGGCAGGCAAGAGGCAGUGUCUCAGCUGAAGGACAAAUUCCAGCCAGGCAAAUAUAGAUGGGUGAGCAGAGCAGUCUGAGGAGAAAACGUGGCUCAGAGUCCCAAGAGUCUUGCUACUUGAAUGUCUGGCUGCAUUUUAAAAAAAGUUUUGGAAAACUAUGGUGAUAUAUGCAUAUAACUGUAUCCUCUACGCUGCUUGUCCUUCAAGAACAGAUGACAUAUAAGAGGGCAAAAGUCCAAGAAGUCAUUAAGCAAAAAUAUGAGCAAAAGACUUAACAUAAGGAACACUAGUUAUCUAGCUGAAGUGGUAAAGAUAAUAGUUUGCCCAGCUUCCUAUAACUUUCAUUUAUUAAAUUUAUGGGUGAAAUCCUAAUUAAUUGUGUUGUGAGACAUUUCUGCAGUAGUCAUUAAUAAAGUUUUAUAGCUUUGGAAAUGGAAAUAUAUAUAUAUAUGAAAGGCUGGCUGCAUUUGGUCCUCAGUCCUGAGGCGCCUCACCCCUAACUUGCCGUCUUUCACAAAAAGAGCCCAGAACACACAAAUAACGCUUUGAAUUCGACUUCCUAGUUCUACCUUCAUACUCACCAGUUUUGGACUGAUACACAGAUUGUUUAAUAACCCAUAGGGGCACUGCAGUUCUCCACACUUUCCAGGAUACGACUCAUUCAUUCGAGUGUUUUCAAGUUGGCUUUGAUUCUCACAGCACUGAAGGGCCAGGAGGACUCUGGGCAAAACAGACCCAGACAGCCACGCAAACACAGCUGGUUGCCCGAGACAGGCUCUAUCAUUUUAUAUUAUUCUCUUUUAGCUUUUCUGCCUGUGGCCAAAGAUUGCAAGGUAGGCAGGCAAUAUCUGCUGGAUGUUUCAGAGCGAUCUUGUGCGCAGGCCUGAGCACUGGGCAUGGGAGCUUCCUCAAGCAUCUCUGGGCCCCUCUGGCUGAUGUGCUCCUUUGCCUUCUGCCACAGCAGACCCAGAUUGUUGCAAAAAGCCCCAAACAGCAGUUGAAAAUAAAUAAGGGAAACAUGCAGAUUGGUGUGAUUCUUUGUAGCAUGUCUGUUUCCAGGCUCCUCCUCAUGAUUACUAAUGAGUCUGCAAACUUCAGUGCACAUUCUCGUUCUUCCUCCAUAUGUACAUCUGCAUGCUCUCAUGGUGCACCAUUAAAGCUUCUUUUGCUGCUUUUUGUUCCCUCAGAGACUUGAAAUGUGAGAACAUUUUACUGGAUGAACGUGGCUUCAUUAAGCUGACUGGUGAGUUUCCUUCCAUGGGGGCAGAGAGAGCGGCCUCCCAUCAGCCAACGCCAUUUGUUUAUGUCAAGUGAGCCCAGAGUUCAAAAUUCAGCAGCCAAUGACCCAGAUAAGGGAGCCACGGCCAGAGGACCUCAUGGCAUUCACUUAGCAAAAUAAGAGCAUGUUUUAAGGGCAUCAAAUUAGGCUUCACCUUCUACAUAAAACAGCCAUUUCCCUCUUUUCAGCACUGUGACAUGAGGUCUCGCUGCCUGCCAACCCACCCCAAUUUUAAUGUUUUCAGAAAUUCAGAUGGGACACACUAAUUCUGUUGUGAGAUGUCUAUAGAGAAUUUAUGACCCCAAAGCAUUUCUGUAUCUCUCUCAAGGGAAAUUGGAUGGAUAAAAUCUGCCCGGCAAAGCUGCAUCCUCCAGUCAUCUCAAGUGAAUUAAAAUGGAAGGAUUUAUUGGUUCUUAUUGGCAGAGGCUGCGGAAACAUCAGUCCCAGAAGUAGGAUGUUCUGAGUGGGAGCUUCUCUGCCUUUUAUCAGCUGUGGCAGAGCCUCCCUUUCGUUGCUCCCACUGCCCCACCCAAUUCCCAAAGGCAAUAAUGACCAGCUGGGAAACUUGGGCAUGGAUGAAGCCGCUGAGGGACAUAGCCCCUAAAACAGCCAUUAAUUUGCUUUCUUAUUCUUAUUUGUUUAUUGGUUUGUCUGUCUGUCUGUCUGUCUGUCUGUCUGUCUGUUUCCUGCCUUUUUCCUUGACAGCUUACAGAUAAAAACAAGAAAACCUGCUGAAAACCUGGAAAAAACAAUAAUAAAUAAACAAUAAGCCAUUGACAGAAUUAAAACUAUACAGUAGUACCUCAGGUUAAGAACUUAAUUCGUUCCGGAGGUCCGUUCUUAACCUGAAACUGUUCUUAACCUGAAGCACCACUUUAGCUAAUAGGGCCUCCCGCUGCCAUGCGAUUUCUGUUCUCAUCCUGAAGCGUCUGUAACCCAAGGUACCACUGUAUUCAUAUAUAAAACCGGUUUAAAACAUGCCACUAACUACAAUGAAAACAGCACAACACCAGUUCUUUGAUUAAAAGCAGUCCAUUCCCCGAAGCCGGUUGGAGCAAGGAAGUUUUCGCCUUCUGGCGGAAGGACAGAGAGGAGGGAGCCCCUACCCAGCUGGUGCCUUCCAGGUGCUGGGCGCCCAAAAUGCCCGGAGAGCCCGAGGCUGGCAAAGGCUCUUCUAAGCUGCCAGAUGGAGAGCUGGUCUUCUUCUCUGCCCCCGUUGCAGAUUUUGGGUUUGCCAAUCGCUAUUCCCUGAAGAAUUCCCUAAUGAACACCUUUUGUGGCUCCGUGGCCUACACUGCCCCUGAAAUCCUCAUGAGCAAGAAGUACAAUGGGGAGCUGGCUGACCUAUGGAGCCUGUGAGUACAAUUUGGGGGCAGAACUGCUGGAGCAUGUGGGGGAGAGACGUGGCACCAGGGUCAUGCCAGGUAUGGGGCCUGGGCAGGCACAGGCAACAAGCCAGGACUUAAAGGGCUGCAUGUCUCAUUGGUUAGAGAGCAUCUGCUCUGCAGGUUGAAGGCAUCUCAAGGUAGGUCUGGAAAUAUCCUGUAAGGAACCCUGGAGAGCCCUUGAGGCAGCCAGGGCAGGCCAUACUGGGCUAGAUAGAACACUUUGGCCUGGCAGGCAAGACCUACAAUGGAUGCUCUGGCCCAGAGAGGAAGCCUCUUGCCCUGGGCCAGCCGGCGCUUGGGCUGGUGGUGACCCCUCUCUGAACUCCUCCUUCCCGCAGUGGGGUGAUCCUCUACGCCAUGGUGACAGGGAAGCUCCCCUUCAAGGAGCGCCAGCCACACAAGAUGAUCCACGUGAUCAAGCAGGGACUGGCUUUCCGGCAGCCCAUCUCACCAGGUAACGGCGUGGCAACAACCGGCUCUGCUGCAGGGGCCCGGGGGGGAGGGGGAGGCUCAGCUGGGCCCACAUCUGCCACCCCAGCACCCAAGAAGAAGGGGAGACGGGCGCGCCUUCUUGAAAACCACUAGGACAUUUUUAAAAUGCCAUUAGAGUUGCAUUUCCUUACACCUCUAGAGCCCCGAAGCCAUUCUGCAAUCUCCAGGUACUUUGCAGAAUCUCCUGUACCGCACUUGCAGAAUUCCCUGUCGGUGGUCAGGAGGAACAGCAGCACCACCGGAGCCACCCUCAGCCAGUGCCAGGGAAGAGGAUGCAGCCACCGCAGACACAUUUGCCUGGAGCAGCCCCUUCCCACUGGCACCAUCACCUCAAAGCAAAUUCUUGCUGGAGCUCGAGUCAAGUCACAGCAGGCAGUGCCCAAGGCUGUGGCCCCAGGGCUUUGCUCCUCCUUCCUCUUGUGCAGGGGUAGGCAAACUAAGGCCCGGGGGCCGGAUCCGGCACAAUUGCCUUCUAAAUCCACCCUACAGAUGGUCUGGGAAUCAGCGUGUUUUUACAUGAGUAGAAUGUGUCCUUUUAUUUAAGAUGCACCUCUGGGUUAUUUGUGGGGCAUAGGAAUUCGUUCAUUUCCGCCCACAAAAUAUAGUCCGGCCCCCCAGAAGGUCUGAGGGACAGUGGACCGGCCCCCUGCUGAAAAAGUUUGCUGACCCCUGCUCUGGUGUCUCAAGUUCACCCAGUGCUUCUGGCCUGGCCCUGCUCUAGACUCUGGCAAAAGUCACAUGGUCAUUCACACUGCAUCCCAGUGCUGGGAGCCCAACCACACGCAUCAGGCUUGCUGGCACCAGUGGUUCCUUUAUAGCGUUUCCAAUGGAGGCAUCUGAUCACGAGGCUCUACAGCUACCUGCACUGGGGGCAUGUGAUUAGUUCUGUGUCCUGUGCCAGCCCCCCUGCCCAGAGAUACACGGCAGGCCGAGCCCCAAAGCCUGGCAGGGUGCCCCAGUGGCAAAAUGAACCCCACUGCAGGAUGCCAGUGAAGCGGUGCGGCCACAACCCCUUACCCUGUGCCAAAGGGCGCAAGGACAAGACGCAGGGCUGCAAGUCAGCCAGCGACACUUGAGUCUCCGCAAGGGAAAUGGAGGCAGAUCUCCUGGCCCAGGCACUGCUCGCUCCCUGAGCCCUCUGCCCUCCUCCCCCAGAAGCCCCACCAGUUGCUUCGUGCAGCUGGCACAACCCUAGGAUGAAGAGCCCACUGCUACAAACACCCCCCUUUUCAUUAGAGCCCCCAGGUGGUGGCAGCUGUGGUUCUCACCAGCUCUUCUCCCUGCUGCAGAAUGUCAGAACCUGAUUGAGGGUUUGCUCCAGCUGAAGCCAGCUGCCCGCCUGGGCCUGCAGCAAGUGGCCACGCACCGAUGGAUGCUGCCUGCCACGUCGGCCAUCUUCCACCGAGUGAUGAGCUCCAUGGGGGUCCACCCGGAGUGCAACCUAAGCCCAGAGAAGUCCCAAGCGGCACAAGGUAAGCGGACAGGACCCCCAGCUGCCCCCCUGAGAGCAACACACCCACCCCCUGCCCUGAGGGAAGCAGAUAAGGACAGGCAGGACAGACACACACGCCAUCACCCAGGGAAGCAGGGAGCCAUCCUGGAAGGACAGCCCAGCCUCUGCCUCUUUGGGUAACAGGGAACCCCGUUCAAGAAGGUACAACAGACCAGGCCUCUGUGUGUGUACAAAGCUACCCUGUCCUGGGCACCGUUUCUGGGCCAGAAGCUCUGCCCCCUGCCCCCUGCAGGCAGCCAACUCCAGGAAGACCAGACCCCUUGGGUGGCAGCCAGGCCAGAGAGCAGCAGGUGAAGGAACAGUGGCAGGUUCUUCCUAGCCCUGGGGCAUAACGGAGGUUCUCCUGCUGCUCCUUAGACUGGGCUGAGGCUGACAGGGAAAAGAAAUACCCGGGGGCUGCAAGGGGGGGGAGUGGGGAGGUGACAAGGCUCAGAGUUAUGGGGUGACUUGGGAAGGCUCCUUCUGAGCCAGUGUUGUAGCGUGGGUUGCUGGCACCCGGGGCGUCCAAGUGUUCUGCCUGAUAUGUGCCCUCAGAAAUGUGUGCGUGGGGCCACGGCCCUCCUACCCCCCUUCACCUGCAGCUGGGCUCCUCCCAGGAGUCCUUGCAGAGCCCCUGGCCAGCCCCAUGUGUUGUGGGCUGGACAGCGCCCACCUCGUCCGGGCAGAAAGGGCGAUGCAGCCCCGUCCCUCCUCUAACCGGCUCCCCUUUUGCAGCAGAGCCCCUGGGCGCCACGUCGCAGCUGCCGGACCUGGAGAGCUCGGCCAAGGUGUCGGAGGGCGCCAAGGAGGGCCAGGUGCGACCCACGCCGCGCGCCGCCUCGGCCACGGGCGCCUUCCCGGCGCGGGCGGCCAAGGCGGCGGCCGAGAAGAAGAGCAGCCCCGACGGGGCAGCCGGCGCGGCCAACUGCAUCCUCCAGCUGCCGUCGCCGCGCAAGACGGAGCGCCCGCCGCGCCUCUCGCUCUACCGGCCCAGCCUGCUCAGCAGCCUGCAGCCCUUCCACCACCUGCCCAACUUCCGAAAGCCCGGCUCGGGCUUCUCCACCAGCGCCUACGUGAGCAGCAAGCGGCUGGCCGACAAGGUGCCGGCGCGGGCGGCGGCGCUGGGCGCGGGCGGCGGCAGCGGGGGCGCGGGCGGCUCGGCCAGCCUCUCCAAGCAAGUGCACUCCCUGUACACCAUGACGCCCUGCCCGUGAGCCGCCGCCGCGCAAGUCCCGCGCAAGCUGCAGCCGCCCGCCCGUCCGUGCGCCCGUCCGGUGGAGCCGGUGCCUCCCCUCGGCCGCGCCCUGGGCGGGGGACACAGCGCCCAAGGACCGGAUGCAGUGAGCACUAUUAAAGAUUAUUCAGAGUCCCUCCGCGCUGCUGCCUGCUCGUGUGUGCCCGCGUGGCACCGACUGGCGGCCGACCUGGGACUGAGGAGGCGCCGCUGCCAUGGAGCCCGCGCGCUCCUUGCUCGACCGACUGCGCGUCUGCUGCCUGCUGUUUUCUCUAUAUACAUCAGUGUAUCCUGGCUUGGCGUGGCUCUUCUUGCCGUGUGUGUGCGCGCGCAGAGGGGCAGGGGCGCGCCCCCCCCAAGGCGCCUCGCGGGAGGAAACGGUCCCAGACGAAACCCGUUGCUCGCAGACGCCUCUGCAUUAAUGCCCGGGGCAGCUCACGGAGAAGUUGCUGCCCAGUAUCCCCAGGGCAACCCUUUCCCACGUGAAGGUUGCAUGCGGGGCCGCGCAGCUCUCGCGCAUUCCGAAUCCUGCCCCCAACCCGCCCUCGAAAAGGCCAGUGUCGCUUCCUGUGUCCUUUGCAUCAGGAGCUGGUGCUGUACCAGCCCCACAACACAGCCCGG